AGAUAGGGCGAGAGAGAGAGAUUUACAGAGGUAAAGGCGAUACGAGUACAACAAGACGGGCGAGUGGAGAGGGACAGACGGGUUGAGGGAGGACAGUGAGAGAGAAAGAGACAGAAAGUGGACCGACUGCAAGCUAAGGGCGAUUUUGAGUUGGACGGAAGCAGGUGCCAAAGUGCCGCAAGGGUCUGUGGGUUCUGGAUGGUGAGUGGGACUUUGGAUUUAAACCCAGCUGGAAUCAGCCAAACCCUGGACUGACGGCUCUGCUGUCUUCCCUCACUGGAGGACGUCCUGCGGAUACCCUACUGGCCUUUACUAGAGUGCGUGCGAGGGGUCUCUCUCCCCGUUGGGGAGGUGUGCCACGCAGACGGACGGACGGACCGCUGGCGUGUGUGUGUGUACGUGUCUCUGCGUGCGAUUUCCCCCUAUGUCCUUCUUUUUGUGGCUGUGUGCGCACCAGGGCCCAGUAUAUGGAUAGAAGCUCUCUGUUUCAGCUCAUACAAGAGCAGCUGGACCCAGAGCAGACUGGUUUUAUAGCAGUGGAAAAUUUCACCAGUCUAGCUGAGCACCAUGAGUUACAGCUGGACCCCAGUAAACUGGAGAUGCUGAUGGCUCUGGUAGAGAGCAACGAACACGGACACGUCUGCUACCAGGAACUCAUAGAACUGCUGAACAGUAAACGUUCCAGUAGUUUCCGCCGAGCCAUUGCAAAUGGGCGUCGCACUCUGCAGCGAGAGAUCCUAUUGGAUGAGACGGGGCUGGGCGUGUACAAGCGCUUCGUGCGCUACGUGGCCUACGAGAUUCUGCCAUGCGAGACGGACCGCCGAUGGUACUUCCAUCAGAGCAGACUCUGCCCUCCUCCUGUGUUCAUGACCAUCAUUACCAUUGUACAGAUCAUUGUGUUUAUGUGUUACGGCGUGAUGCUCAAUAAAUGGGUGUUGCAAACCUACCAGCCGGAUUUCAUGAAGAGUCCGCUGGUGUAUCAUCCCGGACACCGCGCUCAAAUCUGGAGGUUCUUCAGCUAUAUGUUCAUGCAUGUUGGGUUAGAGCAGUUGGGUUUCAACGCUCUUCUCCAGCUGAUGAUUGGAGUUCCUCUGGAGAUGGUUCAUGGGAUCCUGAGGAUCAGUCUGCUGUAUAUGGCAGGAGUCGUCGCUGGUUCUCUGACGGUGUCCAUCACAGAUAUGCGCGCUCCAGUGGUGGGCGGAUCCGGCGGGGUCUAUGCACUCUGCUCAGCACAUCUUGCCAACGUUGUCAUGAACUGGGCCGGUAUGAAGUGUCCAUACAAAUUGCUACGGAUGAUUCUUGCACUUGUUUGCAUGAGUUCAGAGGUGGGGCGCGCCGUAUGGCUGCGUUUCUCCCCGCCCCUCCCCUCCUCCGGACCGCAGCCCAGUUUCAUGGCUCAUCUGUCGGGCGCAGUGGUGGGCAUCAGCAUGGGGCUGCUGAUCUUGCGGAGCUAUGACGAAUCUCUGCAUAAACAGUGCUCCUGGUGGGUCCUCAUCUUCUCCUUCAUCACCUUCCUCCUCUUCGCCAUCUUCUGGAACAUUUUCGCUUACGAGCUGCUCGGGGUACAGAUCCCGCCCCCUCCCUAAUGACACGCCCCCCUCCCGGUGGCCCCCAAAAGCCACGCCCCCCUGUCCGACACAGGUCCGACCUCAAUCUACUCCGCUCGACCAGCAGCGGAGACACCGACGUAAAAACCGGAAGGAAGGGUUUUAGCGGAGUGAACCGAAAACACAUUCUCACAUUCCAUACAGAAGCAGCGAACAUAAACAGCGUGGUAUUUUUAAUGAACACUCGGAGGCAGCUCAAGGGUCCGGCGAGCCUAUCUGAACAGACCGUCAGUACGUCGUACACUAGAAACAUACACACACGUACAUCAGAUUUGUUGUGUAUUUCAGCCCGGGGCUCAUUCAUGAUGCCUUUCUGUAUUGUUUUGAUUUGACAGCCUCUUCUAAGCCUGUUAUGCAUUGCAGAUACCAUCUGUAGUAGAUGAAACGCUGUCACUUGAACCAGGAAUCUCGCUGACUAAAACAAAGCCUUACGCUUGAAGACACGGCGAGGUAGUCCUCAGUGAGGUAGGGGGUUGAUGUCGAUGUCAUUCGAUGCUGUUUGUUUUUGGGUAAUUACAGAUUGGAUUGGUUGAAACAAGGUAAAACUUGUUUCAAAGGG